GAGCUGUUAUCAAAUCUAUAUUCAAGGAGAGAGUCAAGCAUUCCCAGCGGCAUCGUAACACAGUAGGAAACAACAAGGGAAAAAGAGAGACACUUGCCUAACCUGAGCUCCCCUCCAGACACUUCCUGACUCCCGCGACCCGCCAGUCAGGCAGUAACCGCGGCGCCCUCCACACUUGUCCUCCUUCAAGUCAAGUCCGUGUCAUCCAUCUGGCGAUGUCAUACACACAGGCGGUGAUGUGUGGGCUCCUGGUGUUGGUCGCUUCUCCUCUAGCGUGGGGCGGCGUCCCCUGCACACUGCCGCCCCCAGCCUCUGGUCCCUCACCCUCGUCCUCGGAAGCUAUCAUGAAAGAUUCGGAGGGCUUGAGUGGCUCGCAUAGCUCCCUCAACUUUUCCCUCCUACCAGUGUGUCCUACGGCGUGUGGCGACCUGGAGGUGGUGUCGGAGGAGUGGGUGCGUGUGGCGGGAGGUGAUAGGGCGCUGCAGUGCCUUCGUCAGUUGCCUGAAUCACGUGGGAGACUUGUACAAGACGUGUACUGGUUUGCAUCACGCAGCACGGAUGUAAUGGUCUACUUGGGUAACUCCUCUGAGGUGGUUCUGACGUGGGACUACUUGACGGCGGCGCAGAAGGCGUGGGAGAUAAUGUUUCUGGGAGUGUUGGUGGUGGGACUGGUGGUGGCGCUGGUGGGAAACUCUCUAGUGCUUGUUACAAUGAUAGCGUCAGGCCACAAUGAUGCACUGUGGGUGAUGCGUGCGUCCCUAGCGGCUGGUGACCUUCUUCGGGCUGUCACCGUCGUGGUCCCGGCAGUGGUUGACACCAUUACCCUCAUGACGCACCAUGAUGCAAACACGACGCCUUGCCGUGCAGACGAAAGCGAAUUGAUGGUCUUCGCGGGUGUGAUGUUCUGGGUCACCACGCUGGCAUCCGUGCAGUGCCUGGCGUGGCUGAGCGUGGAGCGGGUGUUGCUGUGCGGGUUUCCUCAUGUCUGCAGGCACUUCACCGUCAGGAGAGCCACAGUCGCCUCGGUCAUAGUGUGGCUCCUGGCGAUGGGUCUUCCCUUCACGCUCCUCUUCCUCACUACAGGCCCCGUCACCUAUUGGGAUCCGGUGACGAAGCUCACUUUUUCACUUCCUGACGGCGACGCUGAGGGUGCGACCUACGUGGUGCUGAUUGUUCAAUACGUAUACCUGAGUGCCCUGUCGCUCCUCACCGCCGUCGCCUCGGGGCUGGCAGUGUGCGUCUUCCAAGGGAGGGCGCUGAAAGAGAACGACGACGCAGAGAGACACACCCCCGCCUCCUGCGUUUGGAGAAAGAGAAGGGACGACCAGACCAUCCACUCCACCCUCGUGCUGAUGCUGACGACAUUCCUCAUCUCAGUGCCUCCCUUCCUCCUGUCCUUCCUCCUGCAGUACCUCCUCCCUGCUCCCUUCUGGAGACACAGCCGGGUCCUCCACUGUAUCCUCACUUGGCUCUUUGUUUUCUCCUCCUCCUGGCAGUGGUACGUGUAUAACCUGCGCAGCAAUUUCUUCAGGAGGCACGUGGCGAUGCUCUUCCUGAGGUGUGCCUGCCUGCCGGAGUGCCUGAAGAAGAGACUCAGGUUCCCCAAGCCCUCUGCCCUCUCGCUCGAAUGGGGCCACGCCUGGUAUGACUUGCACGCCUUCAUCAAGGGAAAGUCAACAGUGGUGCAUAAUUCUGAAGGCUGUGCCGUAGAAGGGCGCCAGGAAGAAGUUGUAAUUUGAUUCGCGUCGCUGCAACGAGGUCAUAUGGCGCCGGUUUGGGUUAGGAAAGCGCUACCUCCCCCACAGACAAAUUGGAGUGAGUCAGAAUCAAACUUGUGAUCUCCGGGGCUUGAGUUGAGUGUUUCACCAAAGAGCAACGAGCAGGAGGUGGUGUAGGAGUAAGAAUUAUAGUGAAGUGUUGUUAGUGUCACCAUUGUAUUCACCAUUACCAUCAUUACCAUCACCAUUCUCACUAUUACCAUUGCCAUCAUCACAGUUCUCAUCACUAGUAUCACAUUCAUCCUAAUAAUCAUCAAAAUCAUCGGCACCAUUACCACUGUCACCUCUUGAAAAAUUGUAGAAGACUCCCAUGAAAGAAACAGAAAAUUAAUUAAUAAAGAAAAUGUAGAAUUU